AUGCUAUUGAAAGGGGACAAGAAGCGGAUCUACCUCCUCAAAUCCGAGCUCGAACGAUUGAUAUCUGAAUAUCUGAUGGAGCCGUCAGAUGUGGGUUAUCCUGCUUUGAGCAUCGAAUACUGGGUAAAUGAGCUCACUGAGCUGGCGUACAACAUCGACGACUGCGUGGACAAGCUCGUGCAUAGAUACAUCGAUGGCUCUAAGAUCACACAUAUUUGUAACAGGCUGAGGGAGAAGUUGAACCCUCUUCGAUGGCUCACCAACGACUUCUCAGAAUUUAGAGAUCGUCUGAGGAGGGCUAUCCAGCGGUACAGGAACUUUCAUCUUGAUCGAUGGACCUUCAAGCCUGGCAUUCUCUCCGAUCCGCCUCUGCUUCCGCUGCUAGAUAGCGGGGCCCCUGGUCUUGUGGGUUUGGACAGUGUUGAUGAUUAA